AAUCUGUUAAGUUCAGGUGUUGAUUUAAGACGUGGCAGGUAUGGAAUCUUUCGGUGACAAGGCAAAGCAUGAUAAGGACAAGGCCUCUAAAGCAAAAGCUUUGUUUGCCUUCUCAGGACAAGAAGCUGAUGGAGAGCUGACAUUUGAUGAGGGUGAGAUACUUACAGUCGUCAGGCAGGACAUAGAGGAUGGCUGGUGGGAGGCGAGGAAUUCCCAGGGUCAGCAGGGCCUUAUACCAGAGUCCUACGUAGAGGUAACAUCAUUUCCAGAGCCGGCCUUCCCACCACCCCCACCGCCCAAUGCUCCUCCGGUGGCUGUGAUUAACAACCAACAGUCCAGCCACAACCAAAUGAACCAAGGUAACAACAACUACAACCAGACCUCACCACCCCCCUACAGCAACAACAACCUGGGCGAGGCACAGAGCAGCUUUGAUGACUGGGACGAUGACUGGGAUGAUGAUGAUGAAUCUACCCCAGAACAGGACUAUAUGAGGGGUGGGAGUGGAGGACUGUCUGUCCCCCAGGGUGAUCAGAGGAGUGUAUCCCCGUCCAGGAACUCUGCCGAUGCCUCCAAAUAUGGUACAGUCAAGAAGAGCUUUAGCAGAUUCUCCACUUUUGCCAAGUCUGGAGGAGAAUCCUUCCUCCUGGGACAGACUCAAGCCAGUGUCAAUGAGUCAGACUUGGUCAGAAUUGUGGAUAGCCCAUUGGGGCCCAUCUGGAUGCAGCCAUCCAGCCCUUACACAUGUGUCAUCGCUUCACCUAAGAAAGAGAGCAAACUGAAGGGCUUGAAGAGCUUUAUUGCCUAUCAGCUAACACCCUCAUUCAGCAAGGCACCCGUCAGCCGGAGGUACAAACAUUUUGAUUGGCUACAUGAACGAUUGGAGGAGAAAUACCCGAUCUUCGCUAUACCUCCUCUACCCGAGAAACAAAUAGCAGGGAGAUAUGAAGAUGACUUCAUCACGGAGAGGAUGCGGCAGCUCCAGUUGUGGGUGAACAGAAUAGUGCGUCACCCUGUUAUUUCUCAGUGUGAAGUUCUUCUUCACUUCCUCACUUGUUCAGAUGAGAAGAAAUGGAAACAAGGGAAGAGAAAAGCUGAAAAGGAUGAGUUUGUUGGUGCCAAAUUUUUCCUGACCAUAGAGACACCCCCGCACCCCCUGGACCUUCGUACAGUAGAGCCUCAGAUGGAACAAUUUGGCAAGUUUGUGAGAAGCGUGGAUGACAGUGUAAAGCACCUGAUCAAUGUGUACCACGACAAUAUGAAGAAACACCAUGGUCCGUUCAAGAGAGAGUAUGAGAAGAUUGGACAUUCUAUCAAAGCUCUAGCUGCAUCCUUCAGUGUGGACUCUCAGACAGACUCCCAGGCACUGACUACAGCCGUUGAUAACACUGGUAACACCUAUAACGAGAUAGGACAGUUAUUUGAACAGCAGCCUAAACAUGAUAUAAUUCCUACACUGGAGGGACUGUAUGAGUACAAAGGCAUCCUGCAAACACUGCCAGACACUCUCAAGCUCCAUGAGGGAGCAAUGGCCAAAGCUAAGGAGUGUGUGAAGAACCAGGCAGAGGGGAAGCUGUCAGAGUCAGACGUACAAGGUGUGACCCAGAGAGCGGACAUCAUCUCGUAUGCCAGUCUGGCCGAGAUGCAUCACUUCCACCAGGAGAGGGUGUAUGACUUCAAACAUCUAAUGCAGGGCUACCUCCAGGGCCAGAUAGACUUCUACAAGAAGAUCACAGCAAAACUGGAGCAGUCAUUGGCAAUGUAUGACAAGGCUUGAAGAUUUGCACUGGACAGCAGCUUCUCCUACUCUCAGACACUGACCUUAAAGUCAUUCUUUUUACCAAGAUCCCAACAGUGUUUGACUUAUAUGUAGUAUGGGGGCAUGAAUAACAUUCUGUGUAGUUAAAAGAAAAAAAUAUUAAUUUAUGUUUUCUGUAGGUGAUCCCCAUCUUCAGUGUGAAAUACAUGUACUUAUGUUUAACCAAAAAUAAAGAGAUUAAUUGUGAAAUAAUUCUGAAGUAUUUGUGUACAUGUUAGAGAGGAUUUGGCUUGCUGAAGAAAGGUGCUGAGAUUGGUUACUGCUGACUGUAUAGUGCUGGAAACUUAGAGCUGACUGUAAAGUGCUGGAAUGGAUUGAGCUGACAUAGUGCUGGACUGGAUAGAGCUGACUGUAUAGUACUGGGAUGGAUAGAGUUAACUGUGUAAUGUUGGAUGGUGAUGCCUGUAUAGUGCUGCGUAGAACUGACUGUGAUAUACUGGGAUGAGGGUUGGCCAGGCAUAUGGGAAGAGAUCUGUAUCUGGUGACAUACCUUUAACAUAGAUUUAUAUUUGUAUAACAAUUUACCAAAUGAUGUAUUUUUUCCUGUCACCCGUGAGCAGUUAGAUAUUGGUCACUAUAUUGAACAACAUGAAGCAUUGUUUUCGUGUGAUAAUGUGAGCCAUCAUGCUUUUGUAGAAAGGGCCUUUGAUGUAUAGGAAUGUUAAGUCCUGUAGCUGUUUUUCCUUUUUUUUAUAGGGUAUGAAUUUGCUUUGAUUUGCUAUUUUAUUUGUGAUAGAAACAGCUAUUGUACCAGUUCAAGUACUGUAUUAUACACUGAAUCUCCCAUUGCAAUUGCCCAUUUUCAUCUAACAUUUUGUACCUUUAUUCCCAAAUGCUCAUAUAGCACAUUAUUUUACUGUUUAAUGAACAAAAAAAGUUUUUUUUUAUAUAUCAAAUUGUAAAUUUAGUAAGUUUGUGUUUAAUUAGUUGAAUUUACAUGUACAUUAAAAUAAUUAACUUUCUUUGAGGCAUUGGUUCAACUGGUAUAAUUAUUCUUGAUAAGUUUAGAUCACAUUCUAUGAUGUAAUGUAAAACUCUAUUUUGUGAACUUAGAUGUACCAGGAAGAUCAAACUUAUAAAAUAUAUGUUAUAUUUAGACAGGACCAGAUAAUUGGAGCACCUCAUUGUUGUAUAAGGGUAUGUUAUAAUCAAAAUUAUUGGUCUUAUUUUACACUUCCCGUCUUUUGAUGUGAAGUCCCCACAAUUGGGACAGUUUCACCUAUAUGUACUUGGGGCAUCAAAUUCUUCAUGGCUUAAAACACAACUGCUUCAUUGGCUGUUUGACAUAUUAUGUCACCUUGUCCAUUUCUGACACAGUGGUCAUAUUAUUCAUGCUGCAUUCAUCACUAUGUAUGCUAUACUCAAUAUGUGUGCAAUGGUGUUGAUUAGAUUUUGUAUAUACAUAUUUAGAACUUUUUUAAAUGAAGAACGUACACUGUUUAAUGCAGUGUGCUGACAAUAGCGUGACGUGCAAUUGUGAUGACCUCGCAGACCGGAAUAAUGAAGUAAUUUUGUGAGCUUUAACAUUUGGAUUUAUGUCUAGAAUAAUUAAAGUGCUGCUUUAAGUCAGGAGGUUUGUGGAAAAGGGGGAGUGAUUUCUCCUUAAGACAGAGGAUUGUGUGGCACAUAACAAAGGGCAGUGAUUUCUCCUGAUGACAGGGGAUUGUGUGGCACAUAACAAAGGGCAGUGGUUUCUCUCAAAUUCUCCUGAUGACAGGGGAUUGUGUGGCACAUAACAAAGGGCAGUGGUUUCUCUGGGCUCUGCUCAUUUUUCCUCCACCCAUAAACCAAAAAAGUGAAGAACUGUUCAGGACGUUGUUUCACACCAAUGAAAUGAAUUAUUUAUGAAGCAUGAAAGGAGACAAUGGGUUUAAAUCCUUUAUCUGGCUGCAUUAUAGAUUGUUUCAGGAACAUAUAAAGAUGACAUUACGAAGAAGAGAAUGUGACUGCUCCAGUUUAUAUUUGUCACUCUGUUUUUUUAAGUCACUCUGUUGUCCUGAUUCUUAUUUUUUGGUGGUGCACACCUGAAUCAGUCCUAUAUUAUUAUUUUUGUAUGCUUAAUGCAUCUGUGGGUUUAUUGGUGUAGCACCAUGACACAAAGUGUUGAUAUUACUCAGAUUUCACUUUUUACCUAUUAUUAUUGGCAUGGCAGUCAAAGGGUUCAUUCUUAUUUCCUCAAAUUGAGCUAUCAUUGGUCAUUGAUAGAUGUUUUUUUUUAAGUCAAUCAUGUUAGAGACAGUAUAGAAAUCUAGACCUAUUAACCUCUGUGGCAGCAUUGGUACAAAACUAAGUCUGUUAGACUUUAUAAAGUCAUGAAGUAAGAGUAAUUCAUAAUGUCAGGGUAAAUUUGCAUGCUCUAGUUUAAUGCUGAAUCUAUUAUAAUGCUUAGUUUGUGUUUUUCUCAUACGUCACAUUAUACUUCUGUGUGAUUGGUCGUAUUGCAUGCUUCAUUUGUGUUUACUUGUACGGUAUUCUGUUUUCUUGUCUUUAUAAUAUAACUGAGUAUAAAGUCAACAUGUUUAGAACUUGCCUGUCCUCUAGGCGGACAUAUUCCAAUGCUCAUCUUAAUUGUGACAACUUUGGUGCCAUAAAAUAAGGAAACGAUGAAACAGGUCUCAGAAAGUAGGCCAUAAUAUUACUAUUAUAUUACUACUAUUAUUUUUUUUGUUGGUGCCUGUGGAACAAUUUAGGAGUGAUUAUUUUAGUUUUAGCAUUCUUAGUAUGAGAUGCUUAUCUUAAAAAAUGCUUGGCACUCUCUUUUUUAACCAGUAACUCUAUCUUACCAAAGUCACGCAUGUAGGUGAAAAGCACCACUGGACACAUGCUUCGUUUUAGUAAACAAUUUUGGUCCCUUUUUAUGUCUGGAUAAUUUGUUUCAUUGUAUAUUGAUUUCAUUUUGUGUUUUACAUUGCAUACAUUCAUUCCCAUUAUUUUGCAAUGCUAUGAUUAAUAUUUCUCAUUGAACUCCAUGCAAAAAAAUAAUGAAGCUUGUUUAAUUCUUGCCUGUCUGAUUCAAAUGGUAUUUGAGUGAUCAGGAUUUGCAAAUAUUUUGUAGAUAAAUGUUUACAUAAAGAUGGUUAGAUUUGAUAAUUAAUCUUACUACCCUAUGCAUGAUUACAUAUAGUCUCAUUUAUAUAUGAUGUUCUUUCCUUAAAUAUGUUUACAAAGCACUGUAUAAUUAGAGGUAAUGUAUAUAGGACUGUCAGUUUAGUCGUUCUGGCACUUUUUUUUCUAUACACGUGCAAAUUAUGCUAGUUAUCGAUACACAGCCGGUUGUAGCAGUGAAUCUGACCAAUCUUACAUGUUACUUCUUCUAGAUGAAUUAUCUGUUAUGCAUAUAUAUUGAAGGUCUUUAUGUCCUGUUAAAUUUUCCUAAAUCCCAGAUCAUGGUAUAUCAUUCUAAUUAAAAGUUAAUAUUG